AAAAAAAAAAAAAACCAUUAAAGAGUUCUUUUUGAUAAACUUCAUCUCCCUGCUUGAUUCCUUUGUUCCUUGUUUCUUGAUUUUCUUCCUUGUUUCUUGAUUUUCUUCCUUGUUUCUUGAUAUUUUGUUAUAAAUGGCAACUAGUGCUACUCUUAGACAUAGUACAAGUGCACCAGCUCAGUUUUACUUUGAUGAGAAGUGGAAGCUUUCCAAGAAAGAAGGAUCAUCAAGAAGCAGAUUAUCAACUUCUCCUCUCAUGAAGAGUACUACUUCUCAAAGGAGGUGUUCUUUUACAAGGAAAUGUGCAAGAUUAGUUAAAGAACAAAGAGCAAGGUUUUAUAUAAUGAGGAGAUGUGUUACUAUGCUUAUUUGCUGGAGAGACUAUAGUGAUUCUUGAAAAAUUAGAGAAGAGAAACCAAAAGUUGAGGGAUUUUCAAGAAAAGGAGAGAGAAAAUUCAAAAAUGGUUAAAGAAAGAUGAAAAUUUGUUUCUCUCUUGUUUUGGCCUCUUCAUUUCUCGAUUUCUCUUUCUUUCUAUGAGAUGGGUUAUUUGGGUUCUUGCAUUUUCUUCGCAUCCAAGGAGGAAGAGGAAGAAGAAGAGGAAAAGGAAAGAGGAAGAAGGAGAAGAUGAAGAUCUAUUAUAUAUAUGUAUAUAAAUAGCUAUUUUUUGGACUUUUUUUAUUGCACUCGCUGUUUUUCUUGGGUUAAUUAGAUUUUUUUUGGGUCCUGAUGAAUCUUUUUUUGAAAGGGUUAUAGUUGGGUUCUUGAAAUGCUAUUAAUGAGUUGCUUUCUACUUUCAGCACUAGAGAUCAGUUCUAAUAGAGAGAAUUAAUCAAAUACUAAUAUAGCUAUUUUAUAUAUAUUUACAUAUUUUCAUUUUCUGGGUUUU